AUGGCUCGAUUGAGCGUCCUGCUCGUCAGCUGCCUCGCCUUUCUGGUCGGCAUCGUCACUGCCGGCUCGGUGGUAGAUCUGAUCCCCAAGAACUUCGACAACGUUGUGCUCAAGUCCGGCAAACCCGCUCUCGUUGAAUUCUUCGCCCCCUGGUGCGGCCACUGCAAGAACCUGGCCCCCGUGUACGAGGAGCUGGCUCAGGCUUUCGCCCACGCUGAGGACAAAGUGACCGUGGGCAAGGUUGAUGCUGACGAGAACCGUGAUCUCGGCAAGCGCUUCGGUAUCCAGGGCUUCCCUACGCUGAAAUGGUUCGACGGCAAGAGUGACAAGCCCGUCGAGUACAACGGCGGUCGUGACCUCGAGAGUCUGUCUGCUUUCAUCACCGAGAAGACCGGCGUCAAGCCUCGCGGACCUAAGAAGGAGCCCAGCCAGGUGGAGAUGCUGACUGACGCCAACUUCAAGACGACUGUCGGUGGCGAGAAGGAUGUUCUGGUUGCCUUUACGGCGCCCUGGUGCGGACACUGCAAGAACCUCGCCCCUAUCUGGGAAACCCUCGCCAAUGACUUCGCCCUCGAGUCCAACGUUGUGAUCGCCAAGGUCGACGCUGAUGCUGAAAACGGUCGCGCCACCGCUAGGGAGCAGGGUGUCACCGGCUACCCGACCAUCAAGUUCUUCCCCAAGGGCUCCACGGAGGGCGAGACCUACUCGGGCGCUCGCUCCGAGGUCGCCUUCCUCGAGUUCCUGAACUCCAAGGCUGGCACCCACCGUGCCGUCGGCGGCGGUCUCGACGAGAAGGCCGGCACCAUCCCCACCCUGGACUCCCUGGUCGCUAAGUACACCUCGUCCGAGAGCUUCGAGGACCUCGUCAAGGAGAUCAAGAAGGUCGCCAAGAGCCUCCAGGACAAGUACGCCCAGUACUAUGUCAAAGUUGCUGAGAAGCUGAGCCAGAACCACGAUUACGCCACUAAGGAGUUUGCUCGGUUGAGCAAGGUCCUGGCGAAGGGCGGCUCGGCGCCUGAGAAGAUCGAUGAUAUCAUCUCGCGCAGCAAUGUGCUGCGUCGCUUCUUGGGUGAGAAGAAGGAGGAGACCAAGGACGAAUUGUAA